AUGACCUGCGAGCCUUGCAGGACGAUAUGGGCACGCCCUGAGCGCCUGGAAAUCUAUGACACAGGGAAGCAGCAUGGAUGUCUGUUGCAUGACUCUUUCUCGCAACUACAAAAAUCUGUGAGUUCUGGCUGUGAGUUAUGCCAGCUUCUACUACAACACAUCGCCAAUGUGAUCGAUGAGGAGCAGAACAACAAGCAUCGGGAAAAAAUAUUGCCAGAGUCUUCUCUAUUCAGAUUGCACAUUGGGAUCCUUACGACUGGGGCACAGACCAACCAUCACAGCGGUAGCUCGACGUUGUUCGCGCGCGUUGAUGUGAGGAGCCGUUACGGGAAGAAAAGCUUUGAUCUAUUCAAACAUGGAUGGGACGAGUUUUUUGAGGUCGUUGUAGAUAGAUCGGUUGCUUACAAGUCGUUAUCUGGGUCAAUCUUUGGAAGAGUAGUAGUCGAAGAUCCGACAUCCAUUGCGCAUGUAGAUCUCAUCAAAUCGUGGGUAUCCGAAUGUAGCGAGAAACAUGAGCUCUGCCGAACUCGACUUGCCGAGCGAUGUCUUCCUUCACGGACUAUUGAUGUCGGUCCUGCGGAUGGAAGUGAAAAUCCUCGACUCGUACUAAAUAUCCGGGAUGAAUCACAGGAAAUCGCUUGGAUAGCCCUGAGCCAUCGCUGGGGAAAUAGUAUUCCUAUCAAAACUAUGUCUUUCAAUCUCGAUACUCAUCAAAAGGAAAUCCUGUUUGAUGACGUCCCACGUACGUUCCAAGACGCCGUGUCGACUACCCGACGUUUAGGACUACGACACCUUUGGAUAGACAGUCUGUGUAUCGUACAGGACGACCCCGAAGACUGGCUUGCCGAAUACCCAAAGAUGGGCAGCAUCUUUGAGCAGGCGCAUCUCACAUUGGCCGCAGACAACGCCAGUAACUGUGAUGCAGGACUACUGGGACUUCGCGUUACGGAAGACAUUCUAUCGUUCCCAUGGAACAGUCCCGACGGUAAUACAAAAACCUGGAUCCGUAUACGCAAAGGCCUCAAGGCAUGGAAGUACGUCCUUGGAGAGAGAGAAAGCUCGAUAUACACCCGCGGCUGGAUCCUCCAAGAAGACCUCCUCGCCCAACGCACCCUGCACUACGGCCGCCAGCAAGUCUUCUGGGAAUGCCGCACCCACCGCCGUUCCGAGUCUCUCAGCAACCCCUUUCGCAACUUUACCACCCUCAACCUCACCGCCGGCAAAUCAUUCAUGCGGCUCGCCUCCUCGCGCUCAACCAACAACCACUCCAGAAAACAUCCUGAUCUCCUUGUCUACGCCGAAUGGGCCGUAAUCGUCCGUGACUACACAAGACGCUCCCUCACCUUCCCCUCCGACAAACUCCCCGCCCUCGUCGGCGCCGCCCAAGCCUUCCAGCGCCGUCUACGCUCCCCACGAAACGGCUACUACGCAGGUCUAUGGGAAGACAACCUGCACAAAGACCUCCUCUGGCGCCCCAAAUUCAGCAUCCCCCUGACUCUCGUCCCGAACCGUGCACCCUCAUGGAGCUGGGCAUCUGUUGACGGGCCAGUGCUUUUUCCUCGCCAUAUGCGUCCUGCUCACGACGGCUGCCUUGCCGAGUUUCAUCGUAGCGUCGGCAUCGAUGGAGAGGGGGAUAAGGGUGGUGGUAGUAGCGAUGCAUAUUGGCCGUUCACGUCGCCUCGCCAUGUCGCGUCUCAUACGCAUCUGGCUGCCCUGCGCAUAUCCGCGCCAUGUAUCCCCUGCGCCCGCUACGACGUUGUCUCGUCCGCUCUACCCGCCGGCUAUAGUGACAACGGCAUACGCCUGCACGCAUCAUCACCGUCACCAGCACCAUCAUCAACAGUAGCUGUAGUGCGGGACGAUAGUAAUAAUACUUCAAGUAACACUACCCCCGAUCUACUAUGUUAUUUCGACACCUGUGACGCGCAGACGUUAAAGUGGAAAGAAAACCCAGACAGCCUUGUAGCGCUUGCAAUAGCAGCGUUUGGAGAUUCACGGCGCGGCAGGAUUGCGGUUAUGGGGUUGUUGCUUGAUGGUGCGAGUGAGAAUGGUGGUGAGGGGGAUAGGGUGUAUAGGCGCGUGGGGACGACGAGGGUGGAUGUUCCGUGGGAGGGUGGUGGAAGUGCAACCGAUGGUCAUGAAAGUAUUCGCGCCCGACUGGAGCUUUGUGGAUGGAAUGUGCGGACGGUGAUGGUUGGAUAG